AUGACAAAUUUGAAAAGAGAUCGGAUUGAUGGCGAUAACGACAAUGAUAAUGAAGGUUUAAAUAAUAAAAAACAGAAAUUAGUUGAUUGUAGAUUACCUUCUCACUUUAUUGAAUUACAUUCAGAAUCCUUCAUUGAAGCAUGUAAUCAUGUAUUGGAAGUGGACCCCACUUUAUUACCUAUACUUACUGCAGGUAAUUUUUCUCAAUAUUUGAAAUCUGAUCAGUCUAUAGGCACUUGUAAAGAUCAUAAUAAUAAUAAUAAUAAUAACAAUACAGUUGAUUUACAAGAAUGUUUUAGUAAACUAGCUAAUGCUAUUAUUGGGCAACAGAUUAGUAAUAGGGCUGCAAGAAGCAUUAGAGAAAGGUUAUAUAAUUAUUUUGAUGGUCAAUUUCCAGCUUUCAAAACAUUAUAUGAUUCUUUGCAGGACCCUAUUAUAAGAAAAGAAAUAAAGUCCUGUGGAUUGAGUGAUAGGAAACUUAUCUAUUUAGAAUCGUUAUCACAAUAUUUCAAUGAACGAAUAAAGGAGAUUGAAACCUUAUUUACUUUAGAUACUAAUGAUUAUGAAAACGACCAAAGGAUUAUUGAUCACUUAGUUAAAAACAUUAAAGGGAUUGGGCCUUGGACUGCGUCAAUGUUUUUAAUUACUGGUCUUAAAAGACAAAACGUUUUUACUGCAGAUGAUCUAGGUAUUGCUAGAGGGUUUUCUAACUAUAUAGCAACAAGAAAGGAGCUAUUGAAUGAUUUAAUUGAGAGAAGAAUCUCAAUUAAAAGGAGCAAAAUUAAACAUAAAAAGUAUAAAUGGAAAAUAUACGAUAAUGAUAUAAUUGAAUCCUGUGCUCAAAAAUUUGAACCUCAUAGAACAUUAUUUAUGUUUUUAUUGUGGAGAUUAUCAAGUGAUAAUAUUGAAGAUAUGGUUAAAAUACAAGAGGAAUUUAUGCAAAACUAG